UUAUUUGUAUUUUAUUGCACUGAUGUCAUUAUUACAUUAGGUGCUAGUUUCAGUCUCGUGGGCAGCAUUAUCUUGAUUUAAAAAAAAUUAUAAUAAAGACUGAGAAAUACAUAAACUGUAGGCUGUUAAGGAUAAUUCCUACUCUGCAACUUCCUUAACAUCUGACGUCAGGAGCAAGGAACGGUGUCUCUCCUGUUCUCUGUAUGUGGGAGAGGUGGGAGGAGACGCGCAAGGCGAGUGCGCAUGAACCUUCAGUUGAAGCUGCAGUGGCGGAGCAGUGGACAGAAGAAAUCGAAACGGCACCAGGCAUGGCUAGAGAUGGCGAGGGAUAUGAUCAGACCGCGUCCACAGCUGCUGAUGUUCGGGUAGAUGAAGUGGGGCCUUAAAAUCUAUAACCAAAGCGUUCGGAAAAUACAUUUUAAAAAUAGAAAAAAAAAUAGAAAAUUUACAACAAAAACGUGAAAAACCAUACCAACGGCAACAAAAAUACAUUGAAAAACAACGAGCAAGAAUUAAACGGAGCGCAGAACUUUUCGAAUGUGAGGACUUCUUUGGACACUAUUCAGUCAGAUCAGAUAGAUGAUUUGUCUACAAGCUUGCACGUAUAAUGAAUGCCCAGCUGUCGAUGGAGAACAUUGGCGAUCUGCACGGUGUGGGCCAUGAACACAGCACGGCGGAGCUGAUGAACGACAGCCCUCAUCACAGAGGCACGCUAUCCCAUCGCAGCAACCUGUCAGCCCACGCACGUUCAAUGGGCAUGGCAACAAUCCUGGACAGCGGCGACUAUCAUCACCACCGGCCCCCGGAGCAUGGGCUCGCCAGCCACUUGCACCCCGCCAUGACCAUGGCGUGCGAAGCUCCCCCUGGCAUGAGCAUGAGCAGCACUUACACCACGCUGACUCCCCUGCAGCCGCUACCUCCCAUCUCAACCGUCUCGGACAAGUUCCCACACCACCAUCAUCACCAUCACCACCACCACCAUCCCCAUUCCCAUCCUCACCAGAGGAUUCCAGGCAAUGUGAGCGGCAGCUUCACCUUGAUGCGGGACGACAGGGGUCUGGCCUCAAUGAACAACCUUUACACUCCGUAUCAUAAGGAUGUUACCAGCAUGGGACAGAGUCUGUCCCCCCUGUCAGGAUCCGGACUGGGGGGUAUCCACAACUCUCAACAAGGACUGCCACCGUAUGCACACCCGGGUGCCGCUAUGCCCACCGAGAAAAUGCUUACACCUAACGGAUUCGAGGCACAUCAUCCUGCCAUGCUAUCCCGGCACGGUGAGCAGCACAUGUCCGCCUCUUCGGCGGGAAUGGUGCAGAUCAACGGGAUCCACCAUCAUCCCCAUGCCCAUCUCAACGCUCAGAGUCACGGACAAAUGAUGGGCUCCGCCCGUGAACAAAACCAUUCCUCUAUGCCUGGUUCACAGGUCAACAAUGGAGGCAAUUCAGGGCAAAUGGAAGAAGUCAAUACCAAAGAAGUAGCCCAGCGUAUCACCACUGAGCUCAAACGGUACAGUAUUCCCCAGGCCAUCUUUGCCCAGAGGGUGCUUUGCCGAUCGCAGGGGACCCUAUCUGACCUGUUAAGGAACCCCAAACCCUGGAGCAAGCUGAAGUCUGGCCGGGAGACUUUCCGGAGAAUGUGGAAGUGGUUGCAGGAGCCUGAGUUCCAAAGAAUGUCCGCGCUCAGGCUCGCAGGUGAGGGAACCAUAGCAUGCAAGAGGAAGGAGCAAGAGCAUGGAAAAGGAGAGCGGGGCAGUGUGUCCAAAAAGCCUCGGCUGGUCUUCACUGAUGUUCAGCGUCGGACUUUACAUGCAAUAUUCAAGGAGAACAAGCGCCCUUCCAAAGAGUUACAAAUCACCAUCUCACAGCAACUGGGGCUUGAGCUGACCACUGUCAGCAACUUCUUCAUGAAUGCGCGCAGACGGAGCCUUGACAAAUGGAUGGACGACGGCUCCAACUCAUCCCACUCCACUUCCUCAUCCAGCACUUGUACCAAAGCAUGAAGGAGGAGUAGGGGCCACAGUGACUAAAACCAUCGGUGGAAAAGCUUUAAGUAGAAUAAACCAAGUAAAACAACAAAAGGAACCCUCUAGACAGCGAUUUUGCCCUUAAAACUUGUACAAUACUGAUAUUUAUAAUACCCAAAGAAACAAAAACCAAAGACUUCUUUGACCUGCGUUGAAGACUCUGUUCUGUUUCAUGUCUGACAUACUGCAAAAAAACUACAAAUCACAGUGGUACCAUAAACUCCACACCUCCACUGCACCCUGCCUCUCACUGUCACCAUCUUUCAAUGUGAUUGGUUCAAAUGGACAUUUUUUUUCCUCUGCUGUCUUUUGUCCCAGCUGGGACUCUAGCUCUGCCUCUGAGCGUGUGAUGUUUUGGUUCUGUUCCUGUCAGAUGGGAGGUGUGCGGGCCAUGACACGGAGAGGAACACCCCAGCAGGUGGGGCUCCCGAGGGGCUCACAGGUGGGGAGACAGAGGCCCAACUCUGGGGCCCAACUCUGGGGCUAUGUAGUUGGUCAUCUGUGCUCUUCUGGAAGCCCUUUCCUUCAAGAACUCUGACACCAGUUCCUAGAGGCUUGGAGGAUUCUGGCAGGAUGGGGUAUACUCAUUGCAGAGGGUUGUUUUGAAUGUCACCUUCAUGAUAGUGCUUUCUUCCUACUUGUAGGACCAUACUUCCACCCACUGUUGUUAAAUCACACCAAUCAUUUGUGAUGAUAUAACCAAAGAGACAAAUAUGUAUUUUCAGGAAAUUAUCCAAAGAAUAUUUUUAAAGCUAGACACCCUAAACCAUCUCCAGGUCUCCAAUGUGACUGUUGUUAACUAAGUGUUGUACUUUUGCGAAAUGUGUAGUCAGCCAAAGACCAAUCACAAAACCAAAAACAUAGGAAGAAUUCUUUUAAUUCCUAUGGGACAACGUAUUUCCAAAGUAAUACCACAGAAUGACAAGCUUCCUCUAAGAUAAUCAACCAAACCACAAGCUUGGUGUGAAUGUAAAAGUGAAUAUACAUAAUAGUCAUAAAAGCAUUCAACUAUUACAGAUACUCUCCCUCAAUAACCUAUGGAAAAAAAAAAAAAAAAGUGUUGAAAAGGCUCUGCUUGUAGUGCUUGUGGUAUGUUACUGUUACUCAUUAUGUUCAGGGAGAACCUUCUUAGCUUUAAAAAGUAUUUUAUAUGUGUUGCUUAAAUGAACAUGCCAGCGGCUAACAACCAAAGAUUCAAUAUCUAACCAAUAUUGAUCAUCUCUUUCUAGUGUGUGAUAUGAUCACUUUAGCCAAUGCAAGCAUCUGCCAAUAUGUAUGCCAACAUGGCAUAUUAAGAACAAUAAUUAUGAUGAACCCAAAUAAAUAGGAAAGCAGUGUAGCUUAUAAUACAGACAGUGUCAAAAUCAGCCAUUACAAAAUCAUUACAUCAGAGCAGCUUUUCAGAGAAAUGACCCUGAAUGUCUGAAACUUUAAAAAGGAAUUAUCAUAAAAUCUCCACACCAACUCUGUCCACUGUUAUUUUAUGUGCAACAGUAUAAUUAAACAAUUCUUGCAUUUUGACUACUGAUGUGCCUUCCUAAACAAACAUCCAAAAUCUCAGUCACUGACUAGAGGCUCAGUCACAGUCAGAGGCUCUAACUCCCUUCUGUAGUGAGCAUAGGUCAAAAUGGUGAGUUUAUGCCCCUUUGCUUGUAAAAAUCUGUUGAAGAAAAGUGAUUCAUGCCUAUACUGGCACUUGGAUUGUACUUUCAUGAGUGUAUGUUAGCGUUAUGUUCAGAAGCAUAAGUGUAGGCUUUGCCAUGAUGUUGUGUAAACCUCUCCAUCAAUCGAGGUGAUCUAGGUUAUGGGUGUAUUCCAAUCAUGUCACAACUAGGAAGAAAGCACUACAAUCAGUCUGUCCAAAGUCGAUGUUAAGCAUUCCCUUUUUGUCAGGCUUGUUUGAAGGAUGACACUCUGACAAAUGUUAAACCAGUUUCCUGGCCUUGUUGUCUCUGGUUGUACGGUUGCUAUCCUACCAAAUGAAAUUGGGUAACUGGGUAAUUGGGUAACUGUUUGCAUGAGUUACAGAAAUGUACUCGUAUUACAAAAACGAAGUGAAAGUAAUGACUUCCUCCCGAGAGAAACCAAAAAAAUGACUUAAUGUUGGGGGAAAGGCAAAACUACUGAAAUUUCUAAGUGUGAACCAAAGAUGCUACCUCACUCAGUUUCCAUGUUGUGAUUUCUAUCACUUUAAUGAUACCAAAGAUUACCAAAGAUUUUUUCUCUUAGCACGGCCUACAUGAAUGAUGUGUUGGAUAGAUGGUGUGACCCCCCCCCCCCCCUCCUUCCCGCCCUCGCCCCAGCUCAGUCCUGCCCCUCUGCCCCAGCGCUCUGCCCCCUUUUGCUCAGUGUGGUCUCUGCUCAUCAACAUGCGCAAAUGAAUAAAGCUACAGGCAGACAUGUUGCAAAACUUUAUAAAACUCACAGGACGAGUGCCUUGCUUGAACCAAAGUGUUAAACCGCUGUUGACCUCUUUGAUCUCACCUUCUACUCUUUGAAUACCUCAGCCUAUCGACGGGCCACUAACAAGCAAAGGAGAAAGGAAUAAUUCUGUCACCGUGGUGCUUUUGCCAGUGCAACCAUGCAAUGAGAAACAUACCAAAGGAAUUUCUUUUUAUCUUUUUAUUUUACCACUUCUUUGCUGACAAGCCAAAGCUCCUUUCUCCUCUUGGCCCACCCUUUCCCCAUGUCUACAGCCCUAGAUCUGCCCCAAUCACCUCACCCCCUGCCCCUUCUGUCACCUGUAGGUAUGUCCACCAUGACGGCCGUGCAUGUCUCUUACCAAUGUUUGAAUACCUCAUAGUAAUAAAUCCGUAGGGUUCUGUUGUAUAGAGAGUCUAUGUGAUUUAAGGCAAAACUGAACUAGUUUGGUAAUUGUUAACGUUACUUCAAAAAAAGCUUUAUGAUAAUUUAUUUUGACGUUUUUUGGCUGAAUUGCUCUGUUCUUGGUCAUGAUGGACGAGUUUCAAAUGAUAUUGGAUUGAAGCUUGGGAGGGAAAGAUAAAACUUAUUUUUUAUCGAGACAUUGUGUUAUUCUGAUAUUAUGAUAAUGGUAGACCAUUCUUUUUUACAGGGUAAAAACCAACUGCUGUGAUAAUGUGUUUAUAUUUUCUCUUUUCUCUACUUCUGUGUUUGUGAUUUAAUUUAAUUUAAUGGCAUUUUUGUAUUGCUUAUUCCCUGCUUUAAUUUAUGCAUUUGUAGAAAAUAUAGAUUUGUACAUAGUAGGUUUUCGAAACACUCACACUCACACUCACACUCACACACACUCACACACACAAACACAAACACAAACACAAACACACACACACCCACAUACACACUUACAAAGCAGACAUUGAAGUUUUACGUUACAGCCUUAUGUUUCAAGCAUAGAUGUAUGGAGAGAGUGGGAUUUGGACUCCCUCCCAUUUGUUUCUGGCACUUCAACAUGUGUUCUAAAUACUGCCAGGCCCUGAGACAUUUGAUUUGCUAACAGAAACAAAGUUAUGAAAGGGUUACUUUGUUACUCAGCAGGCAGAUAGCAGUGUACAUGUUUCUUUUUGUUUCUUUUGACCUUUUUUAAGAUGGUUACUUUAUGGGUAUUACCGCACAUCCAAAGAUUUAUAAAACAAACCAAAAAGAGAAAAAAAAAAUGUAUAAUGUUGAAAAGCACUGGCAUUUGUGAGGUAGACUUAUUGAAUUUUAAUUUGCCAUUCGCACGGGUAUAGAAAUUAGAAGGCGUAGGACUAUGUAGGCAAGCUAAUUCCAACAUUUGGGAAAUCUCCUGUUAAAUGUACAAUCUGACAUUGUUUUUAUUUCUCUGAGGUGAGGACUUCAAGUCCGGCUCACUUUGCUGUCUCAUGCACAGAGUGAGGUGGAGCCUAGACUGGGCAGCAGGUCUGCCGAGGGGCUGUGUCACGUUGCUGGGUACAUUUUUAUUCACGUGGCACUGCUGUCUAGUUCCACCUAGUAUCUGUUAUUUUGGUGCGAACUCGUGUAAUGACAAUGAGCAAAGUCUAAUAAAUCUGCAAAGAAACUUACCAAAAAAUCAGUGUGUGCGUGUGUGUAGGGCUGCACGGCCUUGACUGCCACCCCUCUCCAUUUUGUUUUUGAGAGUGUUGAUGAAUCUGACGGCUUCCCAGCCUUUGUUUUGGUCUUUUGGCUACCUAGAGCGGGGUCUGCUGAAAAGCUUAAUCCCUCUUUUUAUUCAGUCAUAUUUAAUGGAUACAGCAAAAGGCUCAUCGUGUUGGUGCUGAAAAUAUUCUUCAGCAGCCAUAGUAGCUUUUGCAGAAUGUGUUGAAGUAAAGUCUUGUCUUGAGUGAGUGAACUCUCUCCUUGAGUUAUACUGUGCGGUAGACUCCAAACGGUUGCUUCGUUCAACUGAAAUGAAAACAACUUUAUUAAAAGUGUACGAUGAACAGAGGUCACACCUUUUCCAGUCCUGAGGGGAAAGAUACAGUCUGUGAAAGAGUAACUUUGAGUCGUAGAGUCUGUUGGAUGGAAAGCUUGGAAGUACUGCCUUUUAGUAAAACACAAUGGUUGUGGUCACGUGUCGAGGAGCAUGGGGAGCUACGAACAACUUUUUAAAUAUGUGUGCAAGAUGUUUACUUCCCUUGGGACUCUAUAUAUCUGUGUUGAGUCAUAGAAAACCUGCAACCAACACAGACAGACAUUCCUUCUCAAGACAAAAACACAGCUCCAACUUUGCUUAAUAUAGUUCAAUGUUUUAGAUUGUUCCUUGUAUGCGUGCUGUGAGUCCAAGUUUUUUUUUCCUUGAUUGGUUUUCAUGUUUUAACGAAAGGAGUUCCCUUAUGACUGAUGGCUUGGCUACAUGAAACAUAACAAUACCAAGAGCGCCUAAGACAAUCAUCUGGAAAACAAACAUGAUGGCUUGAUUUUGAUUAGCGUCCAAGGGGGACUUCUUCCAGCGAUGAUUAAUACAAAGAAGGUGGAAGAUUUUGAUAGAAAUGAAUAAUAAACUUGCUGACAUUUUCAACAGACAGUAGCUGUUUCUGCAUCUGCAUUUGCUUUCCAAAUUGAGUGGCAGUUACAGCACAUCACAGUUAUUUUCACCAGUCUGUUUCUCUCUCUCUCCUUCUCUUGCUCUCUCUCUCUCUCUCUCUCUCUCUCUCUCUCUCUCUCUGUCUCCCUCCUUUCAAUGGAUAUGUCUAUCCUAUCCAAAGGCAUCUUCUGUGUUUUGUGUCUGGUGAACUAGAGCAGCACAAUAGGUGUUUCUCCCAGGUGGUAUCUUUGUAAUGCUUCAUGGUUUUUUGAUUUGUCAUUUUCUUUUUUUUACAGUUUUCUUUCUGUCUCUCUGCUUUUGCUACUGUUCUCCCUAUGCCGUGCAAUAUCAUCUGCUGUGUUUGCUAAGCAAAAAAAAAAAAAAAGAAAAAAAGGACAAAAA